AUGGGCGACUACUACCGUGGAGGAGAAGGCGGCGGCGGAGGCGGUGGAGGUGGUGGUGGUGGAGGACCCGGGCAGAGGAAGCGGUACAGAGACGAUGACGACCAGCAAGGGGAAUACCGGCGCUCGAACCGUUACGAGAGGGAGGAUGCGUUCUCGAAGCUCCGGAGGGAGCUCACGACCAUCGCAGAGUCUCCCUUGGCCCGUAUUGGCGACGUUGUGAAAAACAUCGCAACCACGUUUACGAGUCACUUUGAGAACGAAGACCUCAGGAACGGUUUCUUGGGCACUCUUCUCGCGCUUGUAAUCGAGCAGCCUUUCAAGAUCCCUUUUGUCGGCGCGGUGGCUCUUGUUGCCAAUUCCCAGAAUCCAGAGGCCGGAAAGCUCAUUGUCGAGGAAGCCGGAAAGGCUGUCCAGCAAUUCCUCAUUGAUGGUCAAUUCACAAAGUUGAAGCUGACCCUACGAUUUCUGGGAUGUGUUCAUGGCAUGCUAGAGGGAGAGGGUGUAUUCCCAUUGCUUCACAGUGUCCUCAACAAGGCUGAGUCCGUGAUGGCCGAUGGCGAUGUGGGAUUGGCGCUCGAGCUCACAAAGUCGGCGUUAUUCUCGGUCCCAUAUAUUCUGGCGUCGUCAAGAGCGGAUAUUGAGCCGAUUAAUAAGCUAUUGGACAAGACCCGUCCUCUUACUGAGGUUAGGCAUAAAAUGCAGUCAUUACUAAACCCAUUUACUGGAGAUGCAGCACCAUACGAUGACCGGGCAAAGGGAACACAUAUGGUGCGAAUGCUCCAAAUAAACAUAGAGACACAUCUCAAGGGAGUGCCGGGCGGAGAACACACAGGUUUGGGCUCUCUGCCACGACCAUGGGAAACAUUUGAGGAGGUACUCAAGGAGGCGGCGCAGCACGCUUUGCCAGAAAUAACCAUCCCAGAAGAGUUCCCCGUCGACAAAAACGCAAUCCUCCCAGACGUAUACCUCUCCGUCUUUGCGGAUCCAAAAGUCGAGACUGUUCCAACUCCUCUGGAUCUUGCCUCUACAAUCUUCCGAGAUAACAUCGUAGACACUAUCAACAUUCUAGACUGCAACCGUCUUUCAGUUUCUCGUUUCUUGAUUGAAAUCGACUGCUUCUUUUCACCAAAAGCAUUCAUCAAGAGGGCAACUCCUUUCGACAGGGUCAACGAAACCGCAGGUGAAACCGGGUCCUCAUGGAAACCCGAAGAUGUAGCUGUAGAUGCGAUUUUCAGCCAGCUUUUCAAGCUUCCUGCCCCUAACCACAAACUAGUAUAUUACCACUCGAUUCUAACAGAAUUGUGUAAACUUGCGCCGGCCGCUGUAGCUCCUUCAUUGGGAAGAGCCAUCCGUUUUAUGCACAGGAAUCUGGAGUCCAUGGACACCGAGCUGAUCUACCGGUUUAUUGACUGGUUCUCGCACCAUUUGAGUAAUUUCGGAUUCACCUGGAAAUGGGCGGAAUGGAAUGAGAACCUCACCCUCCCGGAUGUGCACCCCAAAAAGGCAUUCAUCUUGGGUGCUUUGGAGAAGGAAAUCCGACUUUCGUUCGCAACACGAAUCAAGGGAACUGUUCCGGAAGCUUACAAGGAGCUCAUCUCAGAGGCCAAGGAGAUGGAACAGCCAAACUUCAAAUAUGACUCUCCCGAUGAGCCCUUUGCUGCAGAGGCCAAGGAGGUGAUGCACGCCGUAGCAGACCGCAAAGAAAUUGAAGAGGUCGAUGAGAUUCUUGGCCGCAUCCGCUCUCUCGCCGCUGAGAGUGGUGUUGCAGAUCCAGAUUCUGUCACUCGUGAUGCCUAUGUAACCGCCAUCUGUCACGUUGGAGCCAAAUCUCUCUCCCAUGUCCUCUCCUGCAUAGAGCGCUGCAAAGAAAAGCUCGUCGCCAUCGGCCUCGAAUCCCCCGAUGCCCGCCGGCAAAUCGUCGGCUCCGUUCUAUCUUACUGGGAAGACCAGCCGGGUAUUGGAGCAAACGUCGUUGAUAAGCUGUUGAACUACUCUAUCGUGACUCCCCUCUCAGUUGUAGAGUGGGUCCUUCACGACGCUGGGAACAACGCCCUCAGCCAUACACAUGCCUGGGAGAUGGUCAGCACCACUAUCAACAAGGUGAACAACCGUGUCCGACAAAUUGCUGCCGCUAGACCGGCAAUGCUUGGCAGUGGAAGCGGGUUCACAGAGGAGCAGUUGGCAGUGUACGACGAGACACUGAAAGGCGCUGAGGAGGAGCAAGGCGUCAUACUUAAGGUGGUCACAGAGUCUCUUAGCGCCAUGGCCGAGAGCUCAGAGGAGAUGGAUGGCAUUGAUGUAGAGAGCAAGGCAUGGAUGCAGUGGUGGGCAAAGGGGUGGCUUAGAGCUUUCAACAGGAAGUUCGGUGUUCCUGAUGAGGAAGUGCCAACAGACACUACAGGGCGCGUAGUGAAGGAUGAAGAAAGUAUGGACACCUUGUAG